UUUUUUUUUUUUCCUUUUUUUUAUAUAUACACAUCUACUUUAUGUCUACCACUAUUAAAGAGCAGAUUUCAUUUCCCAAGGCAUUAAAUAUUAUCAGGCCUUCUUCACCAUUAAUUCAACGACACGAUUAUUCUUCAUCAAGCACUUAUUCUUCAUCAUCACCUUCUACUGUCUCUACUUUAUCUAAUAGCAGUAGUAAUUAUAAUAUUCGAGUGCAACAACCAACAACGAUGAUAAAUUCUUCUGAUUUUCAAAAUAGCUACCACUACUACUACUACUCAAAUAAUAAACCAACAACAACAACAGCAGCAGCAGUAGGCUCACUUAUAGGUGUACAUCGGUUUUUACAAAGACCGAGAAGUAAUUCGAGUCUUUCAAAAUCUAUACCUUUAUUUUCUGAUAUUGUGAGCGAUAAUGAAAAUUUAGAUGAUAGUAUCGAUGGUCUAUCAUCGUCAGAUAGUGAAAAUGAAAUGCCUAGUACUACGACUACUACUACUAAAAAGAUUGUAGCUAAAGUAAAGGAUGGAAUCAUCAUGAAUGGUAAAGGAGAAUUUGUGAAUAAAGGAAGAAUAUCUGAAGAACAAAGUGCAUGGUUAGAUGAAGCCAGAGCAAAUCGUAAAAUUGCAGAUCUUGAGAUAGAGAAAUCAUCGUUAUUAGUUUUGAAUAGUACAUUGGAAGCCAAGUUAAAACAACAAGAAGUACAAAUUGCUGAACUACAAAAGCAAUUACAACAAAGAAAUGAUAGACCUCUUACACCUGUAUCAGACAAUCAAGUAGAUGAGCUUUUAUUAUUUAAUAAAAAUGACUCAAAUUUUCAAACAGAAGAAGAAAAGGAGAUUGCAAAUGACCAAGUAUUUCAACGUAUAAAACUAAUGCUAGAAAAUCUUAUUUUACAAGCACAAACUGCAUUAAUUCAAAAAUCAAAGCAAACAGGAGGAAGAGUACUAAAUGAAUAUAAUCAUAAAAGUGAAGGCGCUAACAUAGCAUCGACGUUAAGAAGGCGUGGCUCAGAUAUUUGUUCAUCAAGUAUAAAAUUAGUAACUAAAAACUCAUAUCGACGAUCCUCUCCACCUGUUAUGAUUACAUCUCCACAAAGAAGGUCUUCUUCACCUCGACAUUUACGCCAACAGGAUAUUGAAAAGCCAAAAUGGAGUUUUUAAAUUAAGCUAUUAUAUGUUUAUUUAUUUAUUUAUUUAUGAAUUUAUUUAUUAUUAUGUUUAUAAGUCAAUUAUUUGAUACCCUAACCACCACCAUUCUUUCUCUCUUUCUCUCUUUAUGAUCCUUUCCUUAUUUUAUUAUAGUGUAUAUUAAUAAUUUAUUUGUUUUAGUAGAUAAGGGGGACAUACAGUCCUUUAUAAAUAAAACUAAAGCUUAGUAGGUGCGACAAAGUUGUGAUUUCACCAUAAAUAAAUAAUUAUAGACAGAGAUUUCAGUAUUUAAUAUCGAGCUACUACUUCCUUACUUGAAGAAAAAAAAAGACUUGUCAUAUGCAGUGGCUGCUUUUCAUAUUAUUCGGCUUAAUUUAUACUCGCCCAUAUUAGCUUGAAUAACACUGUAAUCAUAAAUGUACUUUACUAAUAA